UUAUGCGGUAACGGUCAAAAUAAUGACUUUGUACUUGGCUGUCAUCAUAAUUUUGUCCUAUUUGGCUUUGAUAAAAUGCAUUUUUUUUCGACAUCGGCGGACUUUGGUGAAGUCGUUGAAGCGUGCAUUGAACGCUCCAUCAAGCAGAGAAACAAACGGCGAGAAUAUCAGAGCUCUGGUCGUAACUGCGCAUCCGGAUGACGAGUGUAUGUUCUUCGCGCCAACGAUCAUACGACUCAUUGAAUUAAAUGCCACCGUUCAUUUGCUCUGUUUGUCUGAAGGAAACUACUACAAUCAAGGAACUCAGCGUAAACAAGAACUUCUGAACAGCUGUGCCGUGUUGGGGAUACCAGCCUCCAGAAUCAUCAUAGUAAACCACAAAAAACUUCCAGAUGAUCCCAAAGCAGAAUGGAGCGUCUCAUUGGUCUCCUCUGAAAUCCUGAAGCACAUAAGAGCUCACUCCAUAAACAUGGUGCUGACCUUCGAUGGAAGCGGCGUGAGCGGCCAUGCCAAUCACAUAGCUAUCUAUAACGCCGUCAGGCAUCUCGCUUCCACUGGAGAAGUACCCAAUGACUGCAUUUUGCUCUCCCUGGUGACCGUUGGCCUUCUCAGGAAGUACAUCUCCUUCCUAGAUGUUCCCCUCAGCUGGUUUCUGCCCUCAUGUGUCUGCUGUAUUAUAGGCUCAAAGCCCUACAAGCAAGCCAAAGCUGCCAUGCUGUGCCAUCGCACUCAGCUGCUGUGGUUUCGUUACCUCUACAUCACGUUCUCACGCUACAUGUUCGUAAACACAUUCCAAACCAUUGCUCAGGGACCAAAGAACCUGAAGAUCUAUUAA